AUGGCAAAAUCUGCACUUCUGGCAGCCUGCAUACCUUCCAUUCCGCUGAUGCCAACACCAACAUGGGCAGCCUGGAUCAUCGAGACGUCGUUAGCCCCGUCUCCAAUAGCAAGCAAUAGAGCCUUCUUCUUCCGCUUCACCAGACGCACAACCAGAGCCUUCUGCAGCGGAGAAACACGACAACAGAUCACAGCCUUACAGAGAACAGCAAUUUCAAGAAGCAGGUCUUCGAGAUCAGACUCCAAAGCAAAACCAAGCGAUUUUCCAUCAAUGACCAAGGCCAACGAGUUGAUGUCAUCUUGCGAUAAUUGGUUGCUACGCAAAAUCUCUGCUUUAUCAAGCAAAUUCUCUCUGGUUUCGCGUUUGGACUCCUCGUUCACAAUCAACAGGUUCAUGUCCUCACUGAGCAGCUUGCAACUCAUUCCAAUGUUGAUCGCAGUCUCCUGUCUGUCUCCGGUCAACACCCAGACCUUAAUUCCGGCCUCUUGA